AUGUCGGCUGUAAAUGUAAAAAGAAACACGACAACACAACUCUGUGAGUUUGAAAUCAUUCCGUUUUCUCUCAAUCAAUUGCAAUCUUUGCAGCGAUCGACACUUUUUUUGAUUUCACAUCGUCACCAGUAGACAAGCUGUGGGCAAGAAUCAAGAAUCGGACGCCAUCGGACCGAAAGCUCAGAAGCGCCGGGCCGGCUGUGAAAUACCAAUUGGAGAAGCGGAAGAAGCGCCGGAGAAGAACCCAUCGUUUCAAGCAACUGGUCAAGAAACACACAUCUUCGUACCAAGGACGAGCACUCCGAAAAGCACUCCGAAAAUCAGUCCGACCACAGGAUGAGCAAUCCCGCAACACCAGCGGCGCUACGCCCAGGCUGGAAGCAAAAGUCGGAGAUAACGAAGAUAUUGGACCCGAGGAUCCCGAAGUGCUCGUCAGGAAAAAUGAGUUUUAUCCCCCUUAUUUUGUAACAUUUUUAUAUCUCUUUAAUCUUUUCUAUAAUAUAUCUUUAUAACGUACGAUCCAGCUUGUUGUAUCUGAGUCAGAGUAGAAGAAACCGUGCCGGAGAGAAGGCGCGUUUUACAGAAACAAGACAUGACAAAUAAAUUUUAAUAUUAAAAUAUAUGAAUAUUCAAAUGCACAACACAUCGUGACAAAGCUAUUGUUGUAACAUGACACACAGAGUAAAGGAAAGUAGAAGGGUGGUUAGAGAGAGAGAGAAAAUCAUGGAAUUAAACCGUUUGAAAGACUUAAAAAUAAUCAUUUUUAUAUUUAUCUAAUGAUCAUAUUACAUCCCAACAAUCAUCUCUCAUUAGCAUCUUCGAAGUUGCCUUGUCAAUUUUAGAAACCGUCGCGCGAAACAGUUCAAUCAUACUAUCAAUUGAUUUCUUAUCCAACACUUGUGGAGCAGAAGGACAAACUUCUUCAAAUGUUCUCUUGAAAAUGGUUUGUAUCGAGGGCAGCCGCUUGUUUAAAUAUCUAAUUGCGGUAUCAAUGUUAUGCUCGAAAAAGUAUCGGCUAUCAAGACUUCUCAUUUUCGAGCGCGGCUCCCUCAAAUUGUAGUACUCUUCGAUUGUAGUUGCCGAUGCCAGCUCAUGCUCACUUGGUUCGGUUCGAUUCAGUGGUUUCCAGGGUGGAAGUGCGGACAAUUUGAGUGCGGCUCGUAACUCUUCAAGACCUAUGCUCGUCACGCUUUGUUCGAUUAAAGCGUGAAUAAACAUUCCUACUAGGUGGUAUCUCAGAGCGUUUCCAGUCAGCAAUUCGAAAUCUUGCGGCGUCAGGCAGGUUGUGGCAAUCUUGGCUAGCUCUUCGUUCACGUCAAUCAGUGAAGAGGACAAAGUGAUCGAGUCCGAAGAAGAGAGACUGCUGCUGCCUAUUGGUGAAGUUAACAUUGCGGUCGAAGAAGCGCGGGUGUCGAUAUCAUCUGAAAAUUUUGAAUUUGUGUUGGUACUUAUUUUAGCUUAAACAUAACCGACAGAGUUGAGCGGAAGAACUCAACAGAAGAACACGGAAGAAUGUUUAUCUUUUUUAGAAAAUUUUUUCAUAAAAUGUGAUCAACUGACAAAGUGUAUAGCAAAGUGAACUCUGCUCAUAAAAAAAUAAUUGUAAAUUUAGCUUUUCAUACAAAAAAGUUAUUCGAGACGGAAGACGGAAGGACAUUUUCACGGAACAACUCGAAUAACUUUUUUGUAUGAAAAGCUAAAUUUACAAUUAUUUUUUUAUGAACAGAGUUCGCUUUGCUAUACAUUUCGUCAGUUGAUCACAUUCCAUGAAAAAAAUUUCUAAAAAAGAUAAAAAUUCUUCCGUGUUCUUCCGUUAUUAACCGAGCUUUAUAUUUAGUAGAAAUUUAAAAAGUAAAUAUUAUUUACUCUUGUAGGGUCAUCUUUCGUCAUAUUGCCAAAAAAUGUGCUUUUUUUCCAACCAUAUAUUCUAACUAACAAACCUGCGUGUGCAUUGGUCCCAAGGCAGAGACAGAUGAAGAGUGUAGUCAACAUAGAUUCGUCUAAAAAAUGAAGCGUAUUUAGGAGAAAUACAUGUAAUUAACGCACGGAGAUCAAUGCGAAUCGAGAACAGCGAUAGUCAAAUAUUUUAGUUUUAUAAUAGUCGAUUCUAUUAUAAUAUAGUAAUACAAUAUGUGUAGUUACUAUGUACAACCACCAGAUUGAAAUAAAGGAAUGAAGAGAAAAGGCAACAUUCGAACGACCUAUUUCUCGCUCACAAACCGACCCAAUUCUAGACAGAAAGUGAAAGUCUCCUGCUGACACGAUCUAAACACGCUUUAAUAGAGACAAUUAGACUACUUCAAAUGGUGAAGAGUUAAAAAAAUGGUGGAGAUUUAAAAAAAUGGUGGAGAGCUAAAAAAAUGGUGGAGAGUUUAAAAAAAUGGUGGAGAUUUAAAAAAAUGGUGGAGAGUUUAAAAAAUGGUGGAGAGUUUAAAAAAAUGGUGGAGAUUUUAAAAAAUGGUGGAGAGUCUAAAAAAAAUGGUGGAGAUUUUAAAAAAUGGUGGAGAGUUUAAAAAAUGGUGGAGAGUUUGAAAAAAUGGUGGAGAGUUUUUAAAAAAAUGGUGGAGAGUCUAAAAAAAUGGUGGAGAUUUUUAAAAAAAUGGUGGAGAGUUUUUAAAAAAAUGGUGGAGAGUCUAAAAAAAUGGUGGAGAUUUUUAAAAAAAUGGUGGAGAGUUUAAAAAAAUGGUGGAGAGUUUGAAAAAAAUGGUGGAGAGUUUAAAAAAAUGGUGGAGAUUUUUAAAAAAAUGGUGGAGAGUCUAAAAAAAUGGUGGAGAUUUUUAAAAAAAUGGUGGAGAGUUUAAAAAAAAUGGUGGAGAGUUUGAAAAAAUGGUGGAGAGUUUUAAAAAAAUGGUGGAGAUUUUAAAAAAUGGUGGAGAGUUUAAAAAAUGGUUGAGAGUUUGAAAAACUGGUGGAGAGUUUAAAAAAAAUGGUGGAGAUUUUAAAAAAUGGUGGAGAGUCUAAAAAAAAUGGUGGAGAUUUUAAAAAAUGGUGGAGAGUUUAAAAAAUGGUUGAGAGUUUGAAAAAAACUGGUGGAGAGUUUAAAAAAAUGGUGGAGAUUUUUAAAAAAAUGGUGGAGAGUCUAAAAAAAUGGUGGAGAUUUUUAAAAAAAUGGUGGAGAGUUUAAAAAAAUGGUUGAGAGUUUGAAAAAAACUGGUGGAGAGUUUAAAAAAAUGGUGGAGAUUUUUAAAAAAAUGGUGGAGAGUCUAAAAAAAUGGUGGAGAUUUUUAAAAAAAUGGUGGAGAGUCUAAAAAAAUGGUGGAGAUUUUUUUAAAAAAAUGGUGGAGAGUUUAAAAAAAAUGGUGGAGAUUUUUAAAAAAAUGGUGGAGAUUUUUAAAAAAAUGGUGGAGAGUUUAAUAAAAUGGUGGAGAGUUUUAAAAAAUGGUGGAGAUUUUUAAAAAUGGUGGAGAGUUUAAUAAAAUGGUGGAGAGUUUAACAAAAUGGUGGAGAGUUAAAAAAAUGGUGGAGAUUUUUAAAAAAAUGGUGGAGAUUUUUAAAAAAAUGGUGGAGAGUUUAAUAAAAUGGUGGAGAGUUUAAAAAAAUGGUGGAGAUUUUAAAAAAUGGCGGAGAGUUUAAAAAAAUGGUGGAGAGUUUAAAAAAAUGGUGGAGAUUUUAAAAAAUGGUGGAGAGUUUAAAAAAAUGGUGGAGAUUUUAAAAAAUGGUGGAGAGUUAAAAAAAUGGUGGAGAUUUUAAAAAAAUGGUGGAGAUUUUAAAAAAUGGUGGAGAUUUUUUUUUAAAGAAAAAACGUUCAUAGAGUUGCGAAUUCAGUUACUUCUUCACAGAUCCGGUGAUCACUGUCUCAGCUGGUCCAGUUUGGGUGAGGCAACUGACGCGCCGAAUGUUCUGACAUGAAAUCACAGUUCUGACAUGAAAUUGUACCCUUUCAUGUUGAAUUUUUAUGUGUAGCAGUAUAGUAUACUUGUUCCGGAUCCCCUUUGUGAAUAAGUAAUCAGUUUUGUGCCAAAUUGUGAUCAGUGACGUCCAUCGUGUAUGCUCAAGAUAAGAAACAAUGUUAUUAUCGCCGCACUCCUCUCCAAUCACCUUUCUGCUCAUUCUUUUUCCUCGGCGCUCACCCAGGCGCCCCUCCAUUUCCCUCCUAUUUUCUUUCGCUUCUUGUAUUCAGCUAUUGUGGGAUUCCACUCGGAAACCCACCUAUUCCCCCUAUUUUCUUUAAUUUUUGAUCAAAAACUCGUUCACAGUAAGUUCAGACAUCAAUUUCAUCACUAAAACAAUAUAUUUACAGUUCUCUAAGUGAAUGACAGCGGAGCUAAUGUAAUUUUGGUAUGUUUCUUUUUGGUGCGUUUCAAUUAAAUGCAUCAAAACCUUCAGCAACACCGAAUAGUUACUGAAAUGUUAUUGUGGAACUCUUCACUCUGUUAUAUUAUUCUGUUAUUCGAGGAAAGGUGGCCGUUGAGAACUCUUUAAGAAUACCGUAUAGGUACCGCAACGGGUUUCGCAAAACUCCGAAUUUCCAUAAAUUUUUUGUUGGAAUGUGUUCCCCUACUCUAUAUGAGUAUACUCCCAAUUUUUUUUUCAAAAAUUUUCUGUAAAUCCCGAGUUAUACCUAGGGGGCGCAACAAAGGGGGCGUGGCCUGCCGAAUUUUCUCCCAAGUUUCGCGCGCGCAUGUUUGAGGCCAUGUACCGAGGUCCACAAAUGAAGUACCAUACUCAAAUUGAUUUACUUUAUGUAAUCGACCAUGCUGAAUCCAAUGAACAACUCAGUUUCCCGUGAAAACGCACCGUUUUUCUAAAAAACGGCGAAAACGAAAAUGGAACUCAGUCUGAGAGCUCGUGUGGCCGGAGUUUGUGCAACACGCGGCUAAUUUUUGGCUAAUUUACAGUUUAAGUGAUGGGGAAUCCGUUUUUGAAAUAAAAAUCAGAUGUCGUCUUCUCCGUUUUUUUUUAUAGGCCCUCAAACUGGCACAAAAAGUUGUGAAAAAAUUUCAGCGAUGACCAUACUUUUUUAUUUUCGGAAUCUAUAGAUAAACUCUCUGAGAACUCAAAUAUAAAUUUUCAGAGCCCUAGACCCCCUGGGAGCACUUUUGUGUUCAUUUGAGUGGAGCCGGUUUCGCCGAAAUUUCAGUUUUCGGGGGAUUUAGCCGUCAUAGGUACCUGACACGCGGCUAAUUUUUUCAAAAUCGGAUUCAGCAUCCGAUUUCCGAUCGAUUCAUGCUAAAAUUUUCAAUUUUCUAAUUCUCCGUUUUUUUUAAAGUGACUGUAAACAGUUACAGCUUUGGAUUUGUGUGUGCAAAACCACUGAUGUCACACCUAGAAGGGGGCCGCGCAAACCGACGUUCUCAUUGCCAUUGGUGGUCGGCGCGCCCCCGCCCGUUUGGCGCAGUGGCAGAGUGCUCACUCGGCAGUCUGGAGGUGUCGAGUUCAAAACUUUUGACCUUGAAAGAUGUUUUGCUUUUUUAGAACAUCUUUUUUAUUCAAUUUAUAUGUUGCCUCUUUGGUUUCAGCCACCAAACAGAGGCGAAAAACGCGUGCGGCGGACUUGCAGGCGAGACUCCGCCCCCUCCUCUGCCGCCGACCGGGGAGAAAACAGGCCAACUUUGAAUGGGUGUAACUCGGGAUGUACCGAAAAUUUUGGAAAAAAAAAUUGGGAGCGUACUCAUAUAGAGUAGGGGAACACAUUCCAACAAGAAUUUUGUGGAAAUUCGGAGUUUUGCGAAACCCGUUGCGGUCCCUAGUUAUACCCCUUCAAAGUUGCCCUGUUUUCUCCCCGGUCGGCGGCCGAGAAGACGGCGGAGUCUCGCUGGCAGGCGAUUCGUGUCGCUGUUUGGUGGAAGACACCAAAGAGGCAACAUAUUAAGUGAACAGAAUUGAUGUUUUAAGAAAGCAAAACAACUUUCGAGAUCAAAAGUUUCGAACCCGACACCUCCAGACUGCCGAGUGAGCACUCUGCCACUGCGCCAACCGGGCGGAGGCGCGGCGAACGCCAAUGGCAAUGAGAAGCUCGGUGUUCGCCAUUCAUUUUUGAUGCGACUUUUGCGGAAUUUCAGCGCAAAAAUGUGAAAAUUUGAAGAUGUUUGCCGGGCUGAAAUUUUGAAUAAAUAGAUGGAUUUUGUAGAGAAUUUCACGCUGAAUCCGAUUCCGUGGAGAAAAGCCGCGUGUUGGCUGUUUCCCACCUUCAAAUCAUCGAAAAACAAGAAAUUCGGCCGAAUGGGGCCUACUCAAUCGAACACAAAAAUGCUCCUAGGGGGUCUAGAGCUCUGAAAUUUUAUAUUUGGCUUCUGAGAGAGUUUAUCUAUGCAUUCCAAACAUAAAAAAGUGGGGUCAUCGCUGAAAAUUUUUCGCUAACUUUUUUGGCACUUUGACGAACUGAAAAACAAUGUUUGCCGGAACGAAAUUCGAAUUUUAUUUCAAAAACGGAUUCCCCAUCUCUUAAACUGUCAGAAUCACUUCUCAGAAGCCGCGUGUUGCACAAACUCCGGCCACAGUGGCUCUCAGACUAACUUCCAUUUUCGUUUUCUCCUUUUUUUGAGAAAACUGUGCGUUUUCACGGAAAACGGAGCUGUUCAUUUGAUUCAGCAUGGCCGAUUACAUGAAGUAAAACAUUUUGAAUAUAGUACUUGGUUUGGGGACCUCGGUACAGGCCCUCAAACAUGCGCGGGCGCGACCGGGGAGAAAAUUCGGCAGGCCACGCCCCCUUUGUUGCGCCCCCUACAGAAUACCACUACACUGCAAUUGAAUUGUAAUUUGUUUUUUUGUUGCUAAAACAAUAAAUGUUUAUGAGAAUGGCGUAUGCUUCCUUUUUGGACCCAUAAAGGAUCCGCAGCGAGCACAACAAAAAUAUCGGAGGCGCAGAAAAGAGCACGAGAACAGGAGAGACGCAGAAAUCGUUAUUAUGAUAUGAUUAGCCAUCGGAUGGGCAGAGAAUAAUUCACAUAAAAGGGUGUCCACGCGUCUUCCAGAUCAUUCUGUUUACUUGGUUUGAUCUGCUAACUUUUAGCUUUGAAAUUGGUAAAUUCUUUCUCAAUGGCAUGUACACAAUGAUUUUUAAUUUCAGACAGGUCUACAAGACUCGCGGUAGAGUGUACUUGACCCCACUCGGGAUCUCUCCUCUGCCGUUUCCGCUAUUCUUUCUAAUUACUUCAACUAUUCCACUCAAUGCUGAACUUGAUCUGAAAAUUGUACAAAAUGUGAGUCACUUUCUGAUUACGGGGUCUAAGAAAAUCGAGUCCAGUGCCGGUAGAGCCAUUUGAGUGCUUCAGAAACCCUGUUUUCUUGUGUAAACCAGAGAUGUUGGGAAUACCGUGUUCCGUGUUCCGUGUUCCGCGUUUUUUUCAAUAUUUUUUCCGUGUUCCGUAGAAAUAAGUUUUUUCCGUUUUCCGUGUUCCGUGUUCCGUAUAAACUAUAUUUUCCGCGGAAAAAUUCGAUCACAAGUGGAUUCCUUUUUCAGUCGUUUUUUUACUGUAGUUGUUUACUGUUGUGUUGUUGGUUUUGUUAUUUUUAUGAAAUUUUCAGUAAAACUUUCACAUGAGUCAAACAGCUGCCUUGUCAGUCAGAUAAUCGAAUUAAACAAAACAUUAUUUUUUAAAAAAUCACUGGAAUUCUCUUGAAAACGCUUUUUUCCGUGUUCCGUAAAAAAAAAAAUUUCCGUGUUCCGUGUUCCGUAAAAAAAAAAUUUCCGUGUUCCGUGUUCCGUGUUCCGUAGAAAUAAGUUUUUUCCGUUUUCCGUGUUCCGUGUUCCGUAGAGUAAAAUUUUUAUUCCCAACAUCUCUGGUGUAAACCUUCAAACUUCAGGUUAAGCGUCUCACACCGAAAACCAAGAAUCCUUCACGAUUUUUGUACGUUUUGAAGAGCGACGUAACUUUAUAACAUCAGUUCUUUACAGCCAUCUGAACGGAGUCUCACUAAAUGGAUACUGCAACUUUACGACAAAUUUUGAUAGAUUAUGA